UUAGUUAGUGUCACCUGUACUAAUUGGUCAGGAAGAGGGAGAGACGCAAGAGAAGGAAGGAGUCCAGGCAGACAGAGAAGGGAAACAGCAGCACUGUUUAGUGUGCGUUCCGAGGAGGAUUUGAUCUCUGCUGCUGCCUGGUUCCAUCUUUCGCACAACGAGCUGUUUCUCCAGGACUGACAAACCCGCCCCCUGACACCUCCUCGCUCUAUAUAAGACAGCAAAAGGGCCAGAUGAUAAGAACCUGGUCUCAAGACAAGCCUGGCCAUGCGGUGUAAAGUCCUCGCCUAUGUCGUCCUCCUGACUCUCAUAAAGCAUGUGUCUCCAAGUGAAAUACAGGCCGGCCCAAAUACAAAUGCAACCCUCCCCUGCAAUGUGAUGCUCCCGCUCCCUGUAAACGAGUCUCUCCUCGAAGUCAACUGGAUAAGUAACGGCUCCGACAUCGCCUCAUUCAGAGAAGCAGCGACGCACAUAAAGGAAGGCCUCAGUUGGGACAGCAGCAAUUUCGUCAACGGGGACUUUUCGCUGACGGUCCUCAGAGCCGCUCUCGACCUGCAGGGGGUGUAUGAAUGCACGGUCAGCUACAACUCCACAACGCUGCACUCCAACAUUACAUUUAGCAUCCUCGCUUCCCCCACUCUGUCAGUCCCUCAGCAGUGGGUGGUGUUGGAAACAGAGAGCCAGCUUAAAUGCCAUGCAGACGGUUUCUACCCUCCUCCUGUCUCUUUCUCCUGGACCAGAGAUGGGCAGGUGAUUCAACCUCCCUAUGAUGUUGAAGGUGAACAGACUCCAGAUGGGUACUAUAUGGCUGUGGGCAACAUGACCCUCUACCCUUCCCGCGAGGACCAGAAUGUGACCUUCGGCUGCAAAGUGUCGCACAAAGGCAGCAAUCAAGACCUGGAUUUCCAACUCAAUAUCACGUACACUCCUUCUGUUGGACUUUCCGCCUUGCCUUCGCGCCCCGGGAACACUCCUCUCACUCUUUACUGUGAUGUGGAGAGUUUCUACCCAGAGGAAAUAUCUGUGUCCUGGGUUCAAAACGGCACGGCCCUCCCUGAGCCCCCCGCCACUGAGCAGAACCCAGAUGGGACCUACAGAACCAGACACUACUAUACGUUGAGCCCUGAGCAGAGGGAGCGAGGUGGGAAGGUGGAGUGUGCAGUAAACCAACCUGGGGUAGUGCAACCAGUCAGUGGCUCAGAGCACCUGGAGAAACUGGACCCCCAAGAUGAGACUCCGGUGUUGACGAAAUCAGCCAAAGCAUCUGUGGCGAUGAUGUGUAUCUCUAUUGUGCUGGUCUUCCUGCUCUGCUUUGGCUUUUCUUGGAGGAGAAGGGAUGAGAAACAGAAGUCUUUGAAUGUGUCAGGGAUCAUCCUCCCGCCACGCGUAAUUGUAGGUCACAAGGGCAGAGUGACCGUGAGCAUUGAGGGCAGGAGGGUGGACCGAGUCCAGACGGCAUGGUUCCUCGAUGACACCCCGAUCUUUGACACUUCUCUCACAGGAACCUCCAAAGCUAACUUUAACUGCCUCUAUAACCCCCUAACUACCAUCCAUCUGCCCUACGGUCUAACUCUCACCUCCCCAGCGUCAGAGAACGGCCCUCUGCUUCCCUCCAGAGGCGAGAUGGGUUACUACAAGCUGCACACUCAAGGCCCGCUGCACUCCUCUGGAAGUGGCACUCAACAGCUGAUCUCCUCCCUCACCUUCAUUCCCCGGAUUUCAGUCCACAAGGCAGCGGUGUUUAAGUGCCAGGUGUCCUACAUGGGCAAAGAUAAGAUCGUGGUGGAGAGGGUGUCUGAGAAGUUUACGAUCCUGUCUGCUCCAGAAGUGUCAGAAAUCCAGCUGGCAGAGACUCCAAGUAACUCUGAUGUCAUCAGCAUGACUGUCCAGGCAUCACAUUUCCAUCCGGACGUCAUAACCUUCCGCUGGUUCUGCCAGGGGAGUGAGCUGAGCCCUGUGGCCUCCCGGGCCUCGUCCUCUCCUCGACCCGAUUCUGAAGGCUUCUUUGCAGCCUCCAGCCAGUGUAAACUGCCCCGCAGUGAACUGGAAAAGGGAGGCACUAAAGUGUGGGUCAGUGUCCACCACAUCGCCCUGAAGCAGCCGGUCACCCGCGAGACCAGGGGAUUCAUCAAUAGGCCGUGUGUGUCCGAAAUCGUUGGCUCCGGUUCUUCGCCAGGGCAGACUUUGACCCUCGGAUGUGAAAUCACAGAUUUCUACCCUCCGAACAUAACAGUCACCUGGCUGAGGCUCCGAGAGGGGGAGCAAGAUGACCGAGAGGAGGAGGUGAUAGAGGGAGAAGAGAUGUGGGGCCCCGUACAGACUCAUCCCAGACUCUUCAGGGCAACAGCCACUCUGAAGAGAAAGGCAACAAAUCAGGAGAAAAGGGAGAGAGGAGGAGGAAUUAUUUGUAGAGUGGAGCACUGCUCCCUCCAGGAGCCUGUUGAGAAACACUGGAGAAACGUUGACAUCGUUGCUCCCUCCAUUCCUCCAUCGCUCUCAGUCUGUUGGAGCAGUGAAGGGGUCGGUGUGUUCUCCCUCCUGUUGAAGGGAGGUUACCCUAAGGUGAAAUUACUCUGGGCGGCGGGAGGACCCACUCUCUCACCAUUGGUUUCCAACGAGACAGAGGAGAUAGGAGAUGACGGACAGAGGGAGCUGAAAAGUGUGUGUGCCCUGGAGAGGUCCACAAGCCUGCCAAGUCCGACAAACAAACAGCUGGAGAGACGGAAGAAUGGACAUGCAAUAAAAACUAAAGCUGCCGUCACGGACCCCGACACUGACGGAAUAGAAUACAUUGAUGGAGAUAAUAACGACAUUGACAGAGACGAGGAAACCAAGUCAGAAGUGGAUGAGGACGAGGACAGCGACAAAGAAGGAGAGGAAGACCCGGGAGCACUGCACAUCAACAGAGUCAACUUGAGGAAGGGCCCCAGAGAAAAUGAGAGGCCGCGUUUGAGAGUCUGCGUGGAGAUCACACACACUGCACUCAAGCUUCCUGUUUAUCGAACCUGGACAGAGCCCAAUGAGGAAAUUUCAUCUUCCGCAUGAAAACCUUGAUGUGUGCAAGAGUCCCUCUAUUUCAUAUAUGCCGUAUAAUACAUCUAAUAUGUCUUUAUAGUAGAUGAGGAGUAGUCAUGUUUUUAGGAUAUCCAACUGUUUUUGAUGAUGUGGUUUUGCAUCCAACUUUUUACUGUAUUUAUUACCUUAUAUUUUUAAUCUGUCAUCCAUUACUAUUUUUUCCAAAUUCAUGAUAUUUACAAAUGUUAAUAUUUUUGUACAAAGAAUUUUACAAUUAUAAUCCAGGUUUGUGGAUUUCUUUUUUUAAAAUCUGCUUUGGUAAAUAAAAUCUAAUUACAUUUUUUUUGGA